UUCAAAUCACUGGUCUGCAAAUAUUGUCUUAUUUGAUAGCUCAAAGGGGAUUUGGAGAUUUUCAGGGUUUAGAGUUUGUAGAGAGCAAUGGUAAAUUCGGGGUUUUUAAUGGCUUUGAGGUUUUUGUUUGUUGUCUGUGUUGUGGCUUUAAGUUGCUCUGCAGAGGCGAGAAAGCUUGAGGCUCUGGUGGAAGAAGAGCCGCUUGUUUUGACCUAUCAUAAUGGUCCUCUGCUUUCCUCAGCCCCCAUUGAUGUUCAUGUGGUCUGGUAUGGGAAGUUUACCGCUGUUCAGAGGUCCAUUGUGGCGGAUUAUUUGCAAUCUCUGGGAGCACAUUUGCACGGGAAGGCUAAGAUGCCGUCUGUAAAUUCAUGGUGGAAGACUACUGAAAAGUACCAAAUCGCUGCCUCGAAUCAUGCUGCUGUGAGCAUUGCGAGGCUGGGGAAGCAGAAGAUUGAUGAAACGUAUUCCCUUGGGAAAUCGUUGAAGAGGUCCGAUUUAGCUUUUCUGGUUCAGAGCUCUGUGAAAUCUGGAGCUCUGCCUUUGCCAGAGAAGAACAAUGCGGUGUAUUUGGUGCUUACAGCUGAGGAUGUUCUGGUUGAGGGUUUCUGCAUGAAUUCUUGUGGUUAUCAUGCCAAUGUUCUACCGUCUUCUACUGAUGGACAGAAGCUUCUUUCUUACGCUUGGGUUGGGAACUCUGUUACUCAGUGCCCUGGUCAAUGUGCUUGGCCCUUUCAUCAGCCUCUGUAUGGUCCUCAGUCUCCUCCUCUGAUUGCCCCAAAUGGAGAUGUGGGUAUUGAUGGAAUGAUCAUCAACAUUGCUACUGUUUUGGCUGGAGCUGUGACAAACCCAUUCAAUACUGGGUAUUUCCAGGGCGAUGCUGCUGCUCCAUUGGAGGCUGUUUCAGCUUGCCCUGGAAUAUAUGGAAAGGGGGCUUACCCUGGUUAUGCUGGGGAGCUUCUGGUCGAUGGCACAACGGGAGCGAGCUAUAAUGCCCAUGGACUCAAUGGGCGCCAGUUUCUGCUUCCUGCCAUGUGGGAUCCAGCAACCAAGUCAUGCAAGACAUUGAUAUAAACAAUUUUGCAGUAGGAUAGCCAAAGAGAUUAGAAGUAGAAAGAAGAUGGAACCUGCACGUAGUAAUUCUUUAUUCUUUAUACAAUGAUCGAAGCAAACUUUUGUUA